AUGAUUCCGGCGAGGAACAGGGCAGUGCUACCAAUCCUAGGGUUCGUGAUAUGUGCAGCUUUCAUCUACCUCUCAUUCCGUGAUCUGUGGCUCACCCACAAAUGGAGAACCGAGUUAGGGUUCGUGAAACGGAACGGGACUCAGUUCGUGGUCGACGGCAAGCCUCUCUAUGUAAAUGGCUGGAACUCGUAUUGGUUCAUGGACCACGCGGUGAACGAACACAGCAGAUACCUCGUGAGCGACAUGCUUGAAGCUGGAUCCAAAAUGGGUCUCACUGUCUGCAGAACCUGGGCUUUCAAUGACGGUGGCUACAACGCUCUCCAGAUCUCCCCUGGCCGAUUCGACGAACGAGUCUUCAAGGCUUUGGAUCAUGUGAUUGCAGAGGCGAGAAAGCAUGAAGUUAGGUUGCUGCUUAGCUUAGUGAACAACUUGCAAGCGUAUGGAGGGAAGGAGCAGUAUGUGAAAUGGGCUUGGCAAGAAGGUGUUGGACUCAGCUCCUCUAACGAUUCAUUCUUCUUUGAUCCGUCUAUUCGAAAAUACUUCAAGAACUAUCUCACGGCUCUGCUUACUCGCAAGAACUCGGUGACCGGAAUAGAGUACAGAAACGACCCGACGAUCUUCGCUUGGGAGUUGAUAAACGAGCCUCGAUGCACUUCUGAUGUCUCUGGCGACAUUCUCCAAGAGUGGAUAGAGGAAAUGACCGGAUUUGUCAAAUCGAUUGACGACAAGCAUCUCCUCACAGUUGGCCUGGAAGGCUUCUAUGGUCCCAAGAGCCCGAAACGACUGACGGUUAAUCCAGAACAGUGGCCAUCUGAGCUUGGAACAGACUUCGUUCGAAACUCUAAUUCAUCACACAUCGAUUUUGCAUCCGUUCAUAUCUACCCUGAUCACUGGUUUAAAAAUCAGAGCUUUGAGGAGAAGCUGAAAUUUGUGGUGAAAUGGAUGCAAUCACACAUCGAAGAUGGGAUGAAGGAACUCAACAAACCGGUUCUGUUCACAGAGUUCGGGCUCUCGAACCUGAACAAGGACUUCGAGCUGCCGCAGCGAGAACGGUUCUACAGAACCAUCUUCGACGUGGUUUACAAAUCGGCCAAACGGAAGAAGCCAGGAGCAGGGACAUUGGUGUGGCAGCUGUUCAUGGAAGGCAUGGAAGGCUUUCACGACGAGUUUGGGAUUGUUCCUCACAAAGACGAUACAAUGUAUAGAUUGAUGAUCGAACAAUCUUGCAGAUUAGGUCGUGUCACAGGACGUCGUAAUGAACAUCAUUUGAAAAAAAUUUGUUCACAUAGAGAUUGA